UAAUGGCAGACAGUCACAUCUGUCAGAGUUUGUGUUGAACUUUUAUCAAAAUAAUAGUCAUUUUAGUGGUUAACUUAUUUUCUGUGAUUAAAACAGUUUUGAUGUAUAUAAGUGAUCGUUGUGUAUUUUAUUACUUUUUGUGCCUUUAUCGUACUUAAUUAUCGUUGAACAUUGCUUAUUUUACUUAUUUGACAAACAACUUAAGUGGAUUCUGUCAAGGGAUAAAGUUUUAAUGUUUACUUUUAGCACAAAAUCGGAGAACAAGAGUGCUGUAAGCAAGAAGUGUAAAUUGGGAAGGGACGAAGUAAUUACGACUCGUGUCCCGAUCUCUGCUGACACUGGGGCGUAAUUAGGCGCAGAUCAAUGAAUUGAAGCGCCAUGAUGUCUACAAGAUGCAGAUCUACUAAAUUCCAGAGUUUGCGCUGUCUGGCAGUCCAGGUGUAGACGCAAUGCUGGUGUUGUUGAUCAGUUAGAGUGGAGGGGAUGGCGCGAGCCGAGGCUGGGCCGGGGACAUGCGCCGAGCAGCACGGCGCGGUGGGCCAGCCGCAGCCAGUCGCGCGGGCACAAGCGGUCAGAGCGUGUGUCGCGGUCAAGAGUCGUCGAGCGUCGUGGGAGUCGGACCAGCAACAGGGGAAGGCGCGGGCCCAGAGGAGGGCGGUGGUGGCCCGUUCUUGGUACGGCGGUUACGGGGCGCUCGCCGAGGAGGAGGAGGACAGACUCGAGGAAGACCCGGGCUCCGGGGGAUCUCUGACAGAUGUGGGGGCCGGGCGGUGCGCGAGGAAAAGUGGGAUUGAUCUUGUGAUGCCCAGUCUGAAAAAUUUAGUCUCGAUGGCGACCUUGAGCAGAAGGAGAUCUUCGUCCACGACGGCGCUCAACAGCCCCAGGGAGAUACCCAGGAUGCCUUCUUCCGCGAAGUCGGUGGCAGCUCUGCCUCUUCUCCGCGAACCGUUGAGGAAGUGCGAUACCUCCUUGGCUCUCUCCAACAUGCUCCCUGUGCGCCCCGUGAAUCGGCUGAGGGUCUCCACUUCCAAGAUGUGCUCCAGGUGUUCCAGCAUCCUCUCCAUGGCCAGUUCCUCCAGGUACUCCAUCAACACCACCGGCUUCGUGCAGGUCUCGCAGCCGGACUGUAGGGGGGCGGUACUCUGCAAGUUGUGUCUCAACGAGGUCCCCUCACAUCUCACGUGGACUCUGCAGCAGUGCUCGUGCACGUUCUGCAUAGAGUGCAUGCGGGCGUAUGUAGAGUUUGAGAUCAAUGAGGGAGCGUACGAGAUCUCGUGCCCCGAUGCACUCUGCGAGAAGCAGGGUGUGAUCACCAUGGCGGAGAUCGAGCGACUGGUCACGGAAGAUAACUUGGAGAAGCACAAGAGGUUCAGGCUUAACAGAGAGGUGGAGCUGGACAAGAGUAGGACUUGGUGUCCUCGGGCAGGCUGUGAGACUGUCUGUACCGUUUGUGCCGGUGCCGAGAGGUGUGUGCCACAGCCUGUACACUGUCCCACCUGUGCCACAGACUUCUGCAGCAACUGCCGUGCCAGCUGGCACGCUGGUACACCAUGCCGUCCUCAGGACUUGGCACAACCCAUACCUGGUAUCACUUUCGACUCGGAGCUGAUCAAGUGCUGCCCAAUGUGUGCAGUGCCGAUAGAGAAGGACGAGGGCUGUGCGCAGAUGAUGUGCAAACGGUGCAAACAUGUCUUCUGCUGGUACUGCCUCGCAUCAUUAGACGAUGACUUCCUGUUGCGGCACUAUGACAAAGGUCCAUGUAAAAACAAGCUGGGCCACUCACGUGCCAGUGUCAUCUGGCACCGGACCCAAGUCAUCGGUAUCUUUGCUGGCUUCGGUAUCCUGCUGCUGGUGGCUUCACCGCUGCUGCUGCUGGCUGCACCAUGCAUCGUUUGUUGCAAAUGUCGGGUAUGCAGCGGAGGUGGAAAGUUGGAGCCGGAGGAGGACCUACCAGAAGAGGGUGCCACAUGAGGGUUGCUAGAGUAGAGAAGAUCUCAUCAGAAUUUCACUCCACAGAGAGACAGUCAGUUCACAGCUUUCGACCUCAACCUUGCUUACCAUCGGAUUGCAAUUGUGGAUUUCAAAGGGAUAAGCUGUGAAAUGGAUAAGAAAAUUGAAUUGUCAACAUUUUUACAAUAGCUUAUUUUCCCUUUAACUCAUUUCCCUUUUCCUCGUGUACCAACAACUGUUGAUGUGAUAACUUUUUGCUUCCUCUAAUCUGCUUUGUCUUCCAACCGGACUUUUGCUUUCUAUUCUUUCCAUAUUUUAUUAGUUACUUACUGCCAAUGUUUACGUUUGAGGUUAGUUGUGAAUAUCAAAAGUAUUUGAUUUUUGUAAUGCAAGCAAAGGCAACGUUCUCUGUUUUCUUUAGAACUUCCAUUCCCUAUCUAUGUGUUUAUUGAUGACCACUUCUCGAACUGCCUGAUUCGUGUCAAACCUUUCACACCUGUGAGACUAGUGUUGACGAGUGCAAUCGCAUGUUGCAGCAUCGCACUUGUGCGAGUAACGCCACCAGUGUGGAUCCUUGCUAUAAGCAUUGUAUAGAUAUAAACUUUUGUACCUUAGCGCAGAAUAUCUCUUAAAAUAAUGUCUUUUCAGUUAAGUUUAUCUGUACAUAAUGAAUAUUUUAUUGUAUAGAGAGUCAAGUAAUCUUAGUGAUUAAUUUUAACAAGCAGGAUUAUUUUGGCCAAUUUCGAGAUUUUGAAAUGAAAUGAUGUAAAGGUUAAAAUGCUAUAACUACUUUAGAAAAUGAUGUGGUGACCAAAGUGGCAGUACCACAAUUUGCCAACCAAAAUAUAUCUCUCAUAUUAAAUACUGUCUUUAUUUAAUACUUACAUUACUAUUGACGAAGGUAUAAGUGCAGUUUUGGUUAGGAUUUUCGAUAUAUUUGUAUAAAUGUAAAGUAUUGGGAUAUUUAUCUUAAUAAUCCAAAGUUAUUGUUUAAGGUAUACUGUAGGCUCAUAAAUUUUAAUUCGUUGAAUUUUAUCAGAUUAAUGAAUAUGUUACAUAAUUAGUGUCUUUGACAGCAUGAACAAAUUGAAACCAAUUUUUAAAGUUAUUUCCGAGCUGUCCGGCUUUAGGUUUUCUGAAAAAUAAUAAGGUGUAACAUAGUUAAUUUUUUAGAAUUAAGUUAAGAAUUAUAAUUUGGUUCCAAAUGCACUCUACCUGAAUGUCUUGUUUUGCAAACACUAUAAGGAUUAAAUUAGUGAAAUACCACAAAGCGCACAGAAUUUACCAUUUAGACGAAGGAGAAAAUGGCCAUUUUUCACUUGUUGCAGCUAUUUUUAAAUAUCGCCAUUACUUUAUUAAACUAUAUCAAAAUAUUAAUGAUAUCUUUUUACAUUACAAAUAAAUCAGAAUCUGUUCACACAAUUUUAUUAGGUACAUGUUGUAUAUAAUGGUAGAUGUGUGGAAAAUUAGGUUUAAUUUAAAGAGUCUGAAAAGGUUUUGUAGAAUAACUCACAUCAACAUUGUAGCUAAAAGGCCAAAAUAGUCCUGUGUUGAACAACGUAUGCUGUAAAUAAUGUUAAGUGCAAUUUUAGAAGUUAACAAGAGUUAACGAGGCUGUGAGUGGGACAGAGACUUAACACACUACAUAUUCGGGUGUUGUAGUACUUAAUGUAGCGUACAACUGCUAGAGUAGCGAACAUUUCAUCCUCCUAGCAGGGGAUCAGUCUGCUGAGGUGAUGUUCAGACAUAAUAUUUUGUUCGUAUAGUUUGCUUGUUUUCAAAUUACAAUAACAAUUUAUUAUUGUUCCUGAUUAUUACUGAUUUUGAAGCAGAUAAUGAAUAUUAACGAUUGACUGUGGUAAAAUAAGAAGAUUAUUUAAAGAAGUGUAGAACUUUUAAGUGUUUUUUUUACUUUAUGGUAAUAGAUAGUAUUUUGUUUUAACUUCAAAUAAAAUCAAAACCGUUUUGUACCAACACUUCCUUUCCUUAAAGUGUAUUCAGUUGAUGAAAUAGAUUAACUUCAGAUAUUACGUAGUACAUAAUGAAUUGUAUCCGAAAGUAGUUUGAAUUUAACAAAAUUGAACGUUGUUUAGGAGUCCCCUGACUCCAGAAUUUUUGUCUAUGAUCCCCGUAAGGCUCAUAUUUAAGCACCACUUCUCAUUGUGACGUAUAAUAAAUAUUACAGCUGUUUUAGAUUUAUUCCACGCAAUUUACCUUUUUUAAACUCUACUCUUACUAUGUACUAAGCUACAAAUAAAUAGUUUUUAACGAAAGUAAUAUUUUUAAAAGCUUAGUAAUUUUAUUGAAAAAAUUGGUUCCAAACACAACAGCAACAUUGGUAUCAACCAGAUUUUUUUAUUAUAAAUGUUGAAUUUACAACAAAGUUACUGUUUUGUUUACACAUUGUGACUUAAAAUUCCAAGUAUGUAAGGACUCCAUACAUAUAAUGAUUGAUUUGUAAACCUUUCAACAAUUUUUAUUGGCUGAUCCAUUUGAAUUCACUAAAAAUAAUCCAAUUUGUCAUGAGUUUGAGACCAGUUGAUAUGUGAAACAAAUCAAUAUAGCGCUGCAUUUGAAUCUUUAUUAGCAUACUUUUACAAAAUCAAACCUAAAAGUAAAACCAUGGAUUGAUAAAACCAUUAAUUAUCAAAGUUUAUAUAAAAAUACUUAGAAACAAUUUCUACACACUUUUUAAAUUGCAGAAUUUAUAUGGAAUAUUAGCCUAUAUAUUUUAUUUAACAAUAAACUUUAUAUGCUAAUCUUUUAGAUUAAUUUCAACUCGUGCAGCAAUUUUAGGUUUAUACAAAUGCUUUGCUUUAAUCAUUGUGUACGCCACACUUAACAAUGUCAUAUUAUUUCAUUAGAUAAGCAACUUUUUGAACAAGAAAUACAGAACUAGUCAAGAAUUUAAGCGUGAGUGGUAAGUUUUCAAUUUCUACACAUCUGUUUCAAAAUACAAAUCUGAUAACGGACUGCUAUGUUUAUGGAGCCCUUAAUAGUAAAUACGUAAGCCUGAAAUUUAAUUUUACUAUUUUAAUUACAUGACAAUGGUAUUUGUAUUUCUUGUUAUACCAAUUUAUUUUCUUCCAACGUUCUACUAUAACUUUGAAAAUUAACCUCAUUUAAAAUGGUCAGAACCUCGUGCAGGGUUGGUUGUACAGUACUUUUGGUUAUUGUACGUUUAACAAAUUUAGUUUAUGUGCUAUUUAUGUAAGCCGUAAGACAAAAGAUGUAUUUUUGUAUAACGAAAAGGUAUGGAAUUAUUAAUGUCACUUAAUGUUAAUUGUCUGUUAUAAUCGGAGAAAUAAGGCUUUUAUAUUUACUUAAACUUUACUGUUUGAAUUGUUCAAGUUGCAAACAAUGACUGUUACUCUAGGCAUUAGUUAAGUUUGUUGUUUGUUUGCAGUUGUGGUUGUUGUUUUAUACAAUAUAUUAUUAUUGUUAUUUGGAAACUCUUGUUGUGUUCUUAUGAGUUUGAAUGGUUGGUUGGUGACAUCAGUUAAGUUUUUGCUACCUCUUCCUUUACAUCAUGAUAAUGAAUAUUGUUAAAUAACAUUGAAUUGGGCUUGAUUGGUAACUUAGUUAUGUGUAUAACGGUUUAUUGUUUGGAAAUUGUCACAUAAAUUAAAUACAUGGAAAAGAUUGGUAUAUUUUAACAUCAACUGUGAUUUAUUUUUAAUUUAACAAAUUAGUUUUUUAACUUCAUUUUGACCAAUUUCUAUGUUUUGAUCACAGAACAUUCAACAUUUUUGUUACAUCAACGUUUAAGAGCACUUUAAACACAAACUGAAACUACCUAUUAAAAGUAUAGAUUUUUAUGAAAAUUGAUGUUGUUUCAAAUAUUUAUAAAUUUUUUUGUAUCCUCCUUUUUUUAAACUGUUAGUGUUUAUUUAUGAUACUAUGUCAUAUAGUAUAUUGUUGAUAUUUUAACAGCUGUACAUGGUACAUCAGUUUUAAGCAAACUUAUUUAAUUUAGUUUUAAAUAAACAAUGCAUUUACAUAAA